UUCGUGAUAUGUUAUGUAUGCCACAUCAAGUGAAUAAUUAUAAGUUCGGCAUAGUAAUUCAAAGGCACCUGUCACCACAACACCUAGAACUGCGUUAAUUAAGAGAGUUGUGGUUUUAGCUUCCAUGCAUGCAAUGGCAUUGAACUUGUAGUAAAUGCACCAAGACGCUGAAAUAUAGACGCCGUGGGAAUGAAUGGAGGAACUUUGAUGCAAGAGUAGAACCUCCAGCGAUUUGGUGGACUCUUCGUUGACCUGAAAGGUAUAACAACACAGGUGCUGUAGCAAAACCUGAAAACAACCCCGGUGGCAUGAGAUGUCACUGAAGAAUGGUGACAGGCUGUCAUGAUGAAGGAGUAGUCCAAGCGAACAAAAGAACUUUGUCAAAACUGUGGAAUGCAUGCAAAUAUGGUGAUAUAAAAACAGUUCAAAAACUAGCCGUAAAAAGGGUCGGUGCAAACGCAAAAGCUCAUGGCAUGGCUCUCAUACACAUAGCCGCGCGAUAUGGAAACCCAGAUACUGUCAGGUAUCUCCUCUCUUUGGGUGCUAAUGCCCAUUCAGUGGACGAAGAAGGUUGGACUGCUCUACACUGGGCGAGCGCAGGUGGGCAUGUUACUGUUAUGCAGCUUCUGUUGGUGGAUGGUAUUGACCCCGACGUGAAAACAAAUUCCGGUGCUACACCCUUGCAUUUGGCUGCCUCCAACGGCCACGAGAAGGCGGUGAACCUUCUCUUGACCUUCGGUGGUAACGGAAACGCAUUGGACGGAAAUGGAAGGACUGCAAUGUUUUUGGCAAGCCGUGGUGGUCAUGUCCCUGUUAUCGAAGUUCUUCUUAAACAUGGAAUCAAAUCUAACAUCCCACCCAAAAACGGUCCUACACCAGUACAUACUGCUGCACGAAACGGUCAUUUCAAGGCUGUUGACUUUCUAAUUUCCUGUGGGGCAGAUAUUGAUGUUGUGGACAAGGAUGGGUGGAACGCGCUACACUCUGCCUGUCAAAACGGUCACGUUGAAGUGGUAGAGACACUGCUAAAAAGUGGUAUGGAGGCGGACACCAGAAUCAACGGAGGCUGCACUCCCUUGAUGAUUGCAAGCUGUCACGGGCAUCCAGAUGUAGUCGAUUUUCUUAUCUCUAAAGGAGCUGAUUCAAACUCCUCUGACAAAUGUGGAUGGACUGCUUUGCAUUUUGCCAGCCUGGGUGGCCAUAUAUCUGUUAUUCGAGCGCUGCUUAAAACAGGAGUAGAUGUCAACAUUCGAACAGUUCAGGGAACUAUUCCAAUUCAUAUUGCAGCGCGUUACGGCCAGCCCGAAGUAGUAAAGUAUCUCAUGCGUAAGGGGGCUGACCUAACAGCUACUGACAAAGAUAACUGGACUAUAUUACAUUACGCCACUCAAGGUGGUCGCCUUCCCUUCCAUGUCAUGGAAUCAAUUUCAAAUCAAGGUCUUGAUGUAAAUGCCAAGUCAGUCUUAGGAAUAACUCCGUUACACAUUGCGGCUAGACAUGGCCUUCCAGAGUACGUAGAUUUUCUUUCAACUCAAAAUUCAGACAUCUUAGCUCGAGACAAUCAGGGGUGGACUGCUUUGCAUCAUGCCUGCAAGGGUGGUGAGCUUUCAGUUGUCGAGAAAUUGUUUAACAAGGGAAUUGACCCAAACGUCGGAACAAAUUCUGGUUUGAUGCCCAUUGGUAUUGCAGCAUUGCGCGGAAAUCAGGAUUGUAUUAAGUAUUUACUCUCAAAGGGGGCUGAUCUAAAUGUUGUGGAUAACGAAGGAAUGACUGUCCUUCACUUUGCCAGUCAAGGAGGGCAAACGGAUUUGAUCGAAACUUUAUUAAGCUACGGAUUGGAACCAAACGUUGUAGCUGAGAGGGACCUGGUCCCUAUUCAUUCCGCAGCAUUCAACGGCCACGCAAGUGCCUUAAACCUACUUGUUUCUAAAGGAGCAAAUCUUAAGGCUGUUGACGACCAAGGUUGGAACGCGUUACACUUUGCUUGUCAAAAUGGGCAUACUAUCGCAAUAGAAACAAUACUCGAGCUUGGCUUGGAUACCAGUGAAAAAACAACGGACGGGAGAACAUCUCUUAGUAUUGCUACGAUCCACGAUCACCCAGAAGCAGUAAGAUUACUUCUCUCGAAGGGAGCUGACGAGCACAUUACCGACAACGACGGGUGGAAUGCAUUGCACAUCGCAAGUCAUCAUGGUCACGUGACUAUUCUUGAACUGCUAUUGGAGCUUGGUGUGGAGGUGGACUGCACGACCAGAGACAAUUUAACCCCCCUUCUUCUUGCUGCUAAGAGCGGACAAACUGAAGUGAUUGCUCCAUUAUUGUCGCAUGCGGCCAAUGUAGAAGCUUCUGAUAACCAAGAAAGGAAGGCAUUGCAUUUAGCAAGCCUCGAGGGUCACGUAAAGAUCGUGGAAAUCCUACUGGAAAGUGGGGUGGAUCCCAACCAGAAAACGCAACAAGGCGUCACCGCUAUGCAUUGUGCUGGGUUAAAAGGGCAUAAUGACGUCAUUGACUGCUUAUUAGAAAGGGGUGGUAACAUUUACGAAGUUGACAAUGAGGGAUGGAAUACUCUUCAUUACGCUUGUCGUGGAGGCCACAAAAAGGUAAUCGAACGAAUGAAAAAGCUUGGCAUGCAGUUAAACUGCCAAGCGGGAGACGGUUCAGUUCCCCUACAUAUCGCCUCCCGCUACAGUCACCCGGAGUUAGUAAGUUUCCUUCUGACGCAUGGAGCUGACACGCAUGCUGUGGACAAGAAUGGAUGGAAUGCCUUACAUCAUUCUGCUACCAAGGACGGGACAGUAGCAGUCGCUGAUGCUCUCCUCAAACAAGGGGUAGAGAUGAUUGUGAAGCGCACUCAUGAUGGAGACACAGCAAUGGGGAUUGCUGAAAAAGAGGGCAAUAAAGAUGUACAACAGUUCCUUAAUAGCUUCGUGUCUAACCACUUGGGUAUUUCAAGUGACGAGGAUAGAAAACAUGCAAACUACUGCAUCAUUCUGUGAGUGAGAAGAUUCCCUCGGCUGUAACUUAACCAGUCAUCUAACUCUACUUCAAUUCCGACAGCCCGGUUCAUUGGCAUUGCAAACUAUUGCGUACCGAAACGAUUUUUCUCAAGGUUUGUAGGGGAACACUGAUUUAUUAGUAAUUUUUGUUCGUAUGAACUCUAGCAAAUUUCUUAUUGUAUUUCACCUAUGACAAUUGUUAAGUCAAGGAUUUCUAAUCGUGCACCAUGAAAGUACGUCGCCCAAAAUUAGUGAACUUUACCAUAUUUGAAACUCAAGAGCUUCAUAGCUCAAAUAAAAUCGGACUAACCUCACUCUCAGUUGGGUUGGUCGCAAUGAAGAGGGCUUCUGUAGUGAACCUAAAGAACACUGAAAUGUGUUCAAAUUACGAAUAACCUCAAAUUCUAUCUUUUUUUAUUUAGGUACCAUAGAGCAUGAAUUUACCUAUUAUGGCAAAACUUUGACUAUCUUGCUGUGGCCUUUUAACGAAUUUAAAUAUUUCCUACGUAAUUUUUAAAAGGAAUUCAAAGUUUAAAUGUGUUUACAUGGUAAUGUGAGUGAAAAUGGAUGUAGUGGUUUUUUAAUUACAUGUUUAAUAUGUCGAUCUCUAUAUAACUAUUCUCGAAAGAAUUUGGAAGUUCAGUAAGAGUCUUGGGAAAAACACAAGAGGCCAUUCCUUGGCUAUCUAGAUAUUAGUGUCAUUUAAUGAGACUUGGAAAACUGUUCGUCAGCCUCGUUCUGUAGCAAAGGCAAACCUCCUAAGCGAACCAAAGCUGGAAUUAAAACACAGUGCCAAUCUCACAAUAAAUGCAACCUAUCUAACAAUUUGCUUUAUUAAUCAAGAUACCGUGAUGUACAUGCAGGGAUAGUACAUUUACAUCAAAAAUACUCGGUAGCUGUCGUUAGUGAUCUCCCAAUAUUAGUAAUUAACCGCACCAAAUUCUUUAGGUCUCUUUUGUUAUUCAGAUAGAUGUAAGGAAGGGUGGUCUGAUUUUGAAGACUAGUUUAGGGUACUUUAAAUUCUAUUGCUAGCCUUAUAGUCUUAUGUAUGCGAUGCAAAACCAAUCUGUUAGGAACCGUAAGAGAAUGAAGCUGAGAGGCUGAAACCGCAGACAGGCCUUAUUCCAAAGGUAAUUUUCCCAAGUUAUCUUCGGACUCAGGAUUUUUGAAUAUGUUAUGAAGAUCUCGCUUAUCGUUCGAAUGUAUUAUCGGAGAAUGAAAGAUCCUACAUGGAAUGUCGACAUACAACAAUUUCGCGAGAUUAGACGGGUUAUCUCUUUCUUCGAAAACUGCAAUGAUUUCCCAACAACUUUGGAAUAUACCCUUCGGAGUAGGGCCAAGAGAUGUGUUGAUUCUCAUGUAUUAAUCCUCCGUCUCUUGAUUGAGUCCUUAUGACUACUUGUUAUAUUAGCAAUCUGCUAAAAGUAAAAAGUAUUUUGCACGUGAUGUUGAAGGCCUCUCUAAGGCCCAUGAACCUAAGAUUAUUACACAAGUUUUGCUCAGAUAUAAUAUAAUUUAUAGAAGAGCCAUGAUUACUGAAAAGAGUUGUGUUUGUGCUAAAAGAAAAAAAUGAAAUUGUAAUGUGAUUUUACUCAUGACAAUCUUUGUCUUUGUUGAAAUUAUUCAUUCCCUUGUCUUCCUUUUUCCAAAUAUAAACGAGAUAUAAAUUAGUUUGGAGGACAUAAAGGAAA